AUGUCUGCUACGUUUAUCUUCGGAAGAGAAGAGUUCAUCAUAGAAGAUGAUGUGGAUUUUCUAGCCAGAUUUUCUAAACUGGUCAAUGGAAUGGGGCAAGCAUUGAUAACUAGCUGGACUAAACUGGUAAAGAAUGGAGAUAUGAAGAGUGCUCAAGACACCCUGCAAGCUAUUGAAGCGAAAGUGGCCCUAAUGUUGCAGCUGCUAAUUCAUGAAGAUGAUGACAUCUCAUCUAAUAUUAUUGGGUUUUGUUAUGAUUACCUUCAUAUCUUGAAACAGCUUUCCUUGCUUUCGGACCAGCAAAAAGCUAAUGUAGAGGCAAUUAUGUUGGCUGUUAUGAAGAAGUUGACCUAUGAUGAAGAAUAUAAUUUUGAACAUGAGGGUGAAGAUGAAGCAAUGUUCGUGGAAUACAGGAAACAGCUGAAACUAUUGUUGGACAGAUUAGCUCAGGUCUCACCAGAGUUGCUACUGGCUUCAGUCCGCAGAGUUUUUAACACUACACUGCAGUAA